UUACAAAUUUUAUCUCAUGAUUAAAAAAAAAAAAAAGAAAUUUUAUCUCAUAGAUACAUUAAACUUAAGUUGCAGUUUUCUAAAUCAAGAGGGUUUUUAUGACCUUGCUCUUCUUCUUCUUGACUUGAUAGUACUAUUGGUGAUAAUUAAAUCCAAUUAAUGAAACAAUAACCACAUCAAUAGCUUCAUGAAUAUAAAAGAUGAAGCUCUUUGCGCUCUUCAAGUCUAUCCGUAACAAGGCCGUGUUCGGCAAUUUCUCUCUUUUGCAAAUCGCGAUUGCCUUCAUCUUCUCCGUUCUCAGUUCUCAUCACGUUUCUCUCCCUUCACCAAUCUACUUUUCCGGCCAAAAUUCACCACCUGAAGUUGCCGAACUUGGUGUCUACUUCUAGUUGAGCUGCGAUUUCUUCUAAUCAGUUUGAAUUUGAUAUGUUCUGUUGUUGAAGAGAAGAAGAAAAUGUUCGUGACAAGAGUUGCAUUGGUUUCUCCUCUUAAUUGUUUGCUUUGUCAGUUCUCUGCUGCCCCAAGUGUAAAUUUUGGCACCAACCUUUUCAGAUUAUCUAAUUGCUUUAGAAAAAAUGGAAGAUUUGCUUUCUCUCUUGACAUGAAAGACUCAAAGUUGAGUACUUUUGUGUUUGAAUCGAAACGGGUUUCACCUGCAGAAAGAGUGCAGGGAGUUUGGGAAGACCCUGAUGAUGGUAGUGAUAGUGAUUAUGAUGAAGAAAAUGAGGAAAUUGAAGCAAAUGAUUUGGAUUAUGAGAGUGAUUGGGAGCACGGAUCAGAUACUGCAUCCAUUAUUACCAGUACAGUUGGUAAUUCGACCUUAAAUUAUGAGGAGGGUCUUGUUAAAGAGGUUGAACAGCUUUUAGGACCAGAAGAAACAGCAAUUUUACAGCAGAAUGCAACUUAUAAUGUUGAUAAGAUAUCAACGGCAAAAUGGAAGCCACUCCAGACCCUUGCAUUAUCAGGACAGAUAAGCUCUAUGGAUAAGCUACUAGAAAAUGGACUUGAUAUUGACAAUGUUGAUAAGGAUGGUCUCACUGCUCUGCAAAAAGCAAUUAUUGGUAAAAAGGAAGCUGUAAUAAGUCAUCUUUUAAGGAAAGGUGCAAGCCCUCAUGUCAAAGAUCAGGAUGGUGCUAGCACUCUCCAUUAUGCAGUUCAAGUUGGUGCUAAGCAAACUGUGAAGUUAUUGAUAAAAUAUGAGGUUGAUGUCAACAUUGCAGAUAAUGAAGGCUGGACUCCCUUGCAUAUUGCAGUGCAAAGUAGAAAUAGAGAUAUAGUUAAAAUUUUGUUAGUGAAUGGUGCAGAUAAGAACAGACGAAAUAAGGAUGGAAGAACACCUCUGGAUCUUUGUUUAUGUUAUGGAAAAGACUUCAAAUCGUAUGACCUUGCAAAGUUAGUAAAGAUUGUACCAGCUAACAGAGAUCUUUGAUGGGAAAGGGAAUGGUGUUUGGCAACUUUCUCGAUCAAUGUACUGUUGAUUUGGAAGAUAAUUUGAAAGCAUCUUCUGCAUUUUACUGUGCAUGAAACAAAUCUUAGACCAUGCUGUUUCUGGAUAGACUUGUCAUCUCUUGUACAUGGUGCGCUGACUUUCUGUUCAUCAGUCAAACCUGUUGGUCUCUAGGGUACCCAAUUAAAAGCAAUAUGCACAAUGAGAUUGGAGCUUGCUGACAAAUAUAAUCCUUUUGGAGAUGUCUAAUUUUGUUUGUCAGUGAUACAGGUCGUAUAAGCCUGCUGGAAUAGUUGAUGCUGCUACUGCCCCAAUGAUGAUCAUCUGUGAAUGUGUCAAUGUCAGUUAUUGCUGGAUUUAUCACGCCCUGGCAACGUUACAUAUAAGCUAGUUCAUUGAUGGUUUAUGAUGAGAAGUUAGUUGAUGUUAAAUUAAGCACUUGUUUCUAUAAAUCUUGCCAAUGAAUUAGCAUCUUAUACA